ACAGCCAGCCAAGAAGGGGAGUCAUGCAGUUACGGAUGCAGCUCUCCCAACACGCCACAAGCCAGUCAGAGAAAGAGGGUGUGUGAGAGCAAGACAGAGGGAAAGUGUGUGUGAGCGUGUCAGGACCAGAGGCUCCGAAGGACGUCACACACACACUCCCAAAAAGAAAGGGGAAACACACUGUCACAGGAAGGCGUCUAUCCUCACGCGCUUUGGGCCGUGGAAGAGUCAGCAGCCUCAGAUAGACGUGAGUACUCCAGAGGUGGAUGCAGUGAGAUGAUGACUAGUGUUUAAUAAGUGCAAUCAGCUAAGUGGAGUUUUCUCAACACUGAUAAAAGACAAAUCCUGCCUUAAGUUGGACUCAUAAUUGAGUGAUUCAAGAGUGUGUGAAGUGUAUUUGCACCACUAUGGAUCAGCCAGCCAGCAGCUGCAUGCGGAGCGCUCAUCCUGGUAGCCCCAUUUGGGGUUGCAUGAGGAACCCUCACUCAGGUGUCCCGGGGGGGAAUCUGCAGUACCAGCAGGCCCCUUUCUCCCUGCACCAGAAGCCUGAGUUCCUGGCCUACACAGAUUUCUCCAGCUCCUGCCUGGUGCCAGCCUCACCGCAUCCAGCCUACCCCCGUGACGACAGACUGUACCAAGACAGCCAAGGGGGUUAUCAGAGAGCCGAUUGGCAGUUCAGCUCCUGUGAGACACGGGCGAGGGCUCCCGAGGCCUGUCCACCUGUUGCCCCCGUGGCGGUGGGCGCUGGAGGUGGAGGGGUCAACGUAGGGCCAGAGAUGGACAGUGUAGGUGGCGAGCGGCUGCCGGGGGCUGUGUCCGUGUGCCUGGAUGGAGAAUACUCACCCCAGAGCGUGGCAUCAGCUGACUCAGAUAAGAAGAGCUCCAAUAAAAGAAAGAGGGACGUCACAGAUAUCCAAGAGGCCAGUUAUAAGGUGGACUCCAGCUGCAAGGCGAGGAAAGAGCGCACAGCCUUCACCAAGGAGCAGCUGAGAGAGCUGGAAGCCGAGUUCACCCACCACAACUACCUGACCAGGCUCCGUCGCUACGAGAUCGCCGUCAACCUGGACCUCACAGAGAGACAGGUGAAAGUGUGGUUCCAGAACAGGAGGAUGAAGUGGAAGAGAGUAAAAGGAGGACAGUCAGGCUCACCAAACGACCUGGAAAAUGACGAUAUAGACUCUGCGGCUUCACCCAGCUCUGAAUGAGCGAGGGACCAAGAGGCGCUGUUAAAAGUACACGCCAACAGCAUCAUGACAUACGCAGACUGGGGUCAAGUGGAUGCAAAUGCAGCGCUAUGCAACAUUUUGUCAUUUCAAGUUGCCUGUGGGAAUCAAAUGAGACUUUUUUUUUUUUCCCCAGAAAGAAACUAGACAUCCAGUUUGCUUUUGUGGUUGUUGAUGUAAAUAUUUGAUUUAUGUCCACAAUGAAUUGCAUUAUGAUGUGCCAUUGAUAAAUACUUGUUAUAAAUCCCAAUUCUUGUUGCAGUAACUAUGGUUAUAUACUAUAUUUGACAUGAUACCUCACCAAAACUCCAAGUCUACAGUCAUUGCAGAGCAGUGACAAAGCCAACGAACAGCUUAAAGGCUAGUGAUAACAUACAGGAGCAUGAUGUGAUUGUGUUUGAGCACAUCCUCUCUGGUUCCAGUACAGUAAUUAUGACCUUUGAUGCUUGACUACAACCACCUGGGAAAACUCAGAUUGCACAAAUGUUGCCAAGCCAUAAGUGCCUCCAAUAUCAGAUUUUUUUGUCAUUUUUUCCCCUAGAGUAUAGUUUUUUGUUCUAUCAAGGAUUAUAAAAAAAAAAAAAACUUUUUUAUACAUUUUGAAUGUUAUUGAUAAAAUACAGAUGUUGCCUGUUUCUGCAAAUAGAAUAAAUCAUC